GGAAGGGGGCCUGAUCUUAUUACUUGGCAUAUGAAAAAUCUCAUUUCACGAAAGCAAUGCUACCAAGGGCUACACUAUCCACAUUCUUGAUACCAAUCCUCUUCAUCUUCCUCUUCCUCUUCAUCUUCAUCUUCAUCACACCACCAACAAAUGCCGCUGCCGCUGUCGCUGACGCCCCUCGCUUCCGGGAAGCCCCCAAAUUCUACAACUUGGGGAGCUGCCCCAGCCUCUCCCUCUCCCCCUCCGACCCCAAUGCGAUCCACAUGGCGAUGACCCUGGACGCCGCGUACCUCCGGGGCUCCAUCGCGGCCAUCCUCUCCGUCCUCCAACACUCCUCCUGCCCCGAAAACAUCGCCUUCCACUUCGUGUCCUCCUCCUCCUCCUCCCCCGACCUCCGCGCCACCCUCUCCUCCACCUUCCCCUACCUCCACUUCCAAAUCUACCCCUUCGACUCCUCCUCCGCCGCCGGCCUCAUCUCCACCUCCAUCCGCGCCGCCCUGGACUGCCCCCUCAACUACGCCCGCAACUACCUCGCCGACCUCCUCCCAUCCUCCCUCACCAAAGUCGUCUACCUCGACUCCGACCUCGUCCUCGUCGACGACAUCGCCAAGCUCGCCGCAACCCCUCUCCCAAACGACGCCGUCCUGGCCGCCCCGGAAUACUGCAACGCCAACUUCACCUCCUACUUCACACCCACCUUCUGGUCCAACCCCUCCCUCUCCCUCACCUUCGCCAACCGCCGCCCCUGCUACUUCAACACCGGCGUCAUGGUCAUCGACCUCCGCCGCUGGAGACAAGGCGGCUACACCACCAAAAUCGUCGAAUGGAUGGAGCUCCAGAAGCGGAUCAGGAUCUACGAGCUCGGCUCCCUCCCACCCUUCCUCCUCGUCUUCGCCGGAAACAUCGCCCCCGUCGAUCACCGCUGGAACCAGCACGGCCUCGGAGGGGACAACUUCCGAGGCCUGUGCCGCGACCUGCACCCCGGCCCAGUCAGCCUCCUGCACUGGAGCGGGAAGGGCAAGCCGUGGGCCCGCCUCGACGCCAACCGCCCUUGCCCUCUUGAUGCCCUCUGGGCGCCUUACGAUUUGCUACGCACUCCGUAUAUUCUUGAAUCUUAAGAUUUUGAGGGAUGCAAGAGAGAUGUGAGAUCUUGAGAGGUUGAGAUCCUGCUCUGUUGUAUCUGAAUUGCGAGAAUAGUAUAGGGCGGUUAGGAGAUGGAUAUGAUGCAAAGAUAAAGAGGUGAGUGAGAAUUGUUUUGUUUGUACAUCAUACUUACUAUAGUCUAUUCACAAUUUUUACAGUCUUACUAAACUCAAGUAGACUAUAAAUAUUCCACUUCUUUAUGCAUGGGAAGACAUAUGUGUUUGUAGCUACAAAUUUCUUAUCACAUCAAAUCAAAUGUAACACAAAUGGGAAGAUUUGAUGGUGAAAUUUCGCCUACAAUCUACAAAAAUAAAACAUGACUUGGAAUCUUUUAUCCUAUUA